AUGAAAAUGAGUCACGCCGGCGGAGGAAAGUGGCGGAGAGAGGCGGAGCAGCUGGUUGUUAAGCCUUUCCGGCUAGUGACAACAACUCUCCUCAGCCUCCUCCUUCCCCUUUCUUUCCUUCUCCUUAGCCGUCUCUCUUCAGCCUCCUUCCUCUUCUCCUUGAUCAAAUCUCCGCCGGAAACGAAACCAUCCUUCUUCUUCUCUAUCUUUUAUUACACGAAUCCGGCGAUCCUAUACGGCGUCGUUUCGUCAAUAAGCGUCUACACUCUAGUUCUUGGUCUAACCACCAAGAUCACAGCUACAGAACCCAACCGUUCGAUUCCCUUUUAUCCACAUGUCACAAUCGCAUGGCUCACGCUUUUCCUUGUCCAAAUCUCCGUCGGUCUAGGCCUGGAAGGAACGAGUUCAGAAGGUUUGAUCAUCGGAAGCGAACGUAAUUUCUUGAGCAGGCUCGUGUUUUUCUUUGGUCUUCACGAGGUAAUGCUUCUGUGGAGUAGGGUGAUCGUGAGACCGGUGGUGGACAGCACAUUGAUCGGAGGAGAUACUGCCGGUCACCACCGGGUAGAAGAAACGGCGGUGGAGAGAGUGGCUCUGGCCGUGAGCUGUGGAACGUUGUGGUGGUGGAAGCUUCGGGAUGAGGUAGAGGCUUUGGUUGGUGUGGCAGAGGCUAAAAGAGCAUUGUUGUUGUUGUUAUUACCGAUCGAUGGAAAUCUUAACGUCGGUUUGGAUGUGGGAACGGUUGAUUUCGUGAACUGGUGGUUAUAUUAUAUGGUUGUGACGAUUGGUAUGGUCAGGAUCGUUAAAGGGUCUUUGUGGUUUGGGAUGAUUUUGCUUUUCGAACAAGGUAGAAGAAGAGAUCCACGUGGAGUUUCUACUGCUCCACCUGUUUCUACGGCUUCUCCUUCUCAUUAUGACGAUGAAGGUGACACUAAAGUGUAA